AACUCCGCUGGCAGAACAGUCAGCGCUCGGCGGGAACGUUUGUUUUCAACAUAAACAAGAAGAUGGAGGGGUCGUCGAACGACAUAAUAUCCAGCACGACUGAUAAAACCAAUGUAACUGAAGUCGAGGGUGUUGUCCAGUCAUGGAUGAUCGAUUAUUACUUCGCGUCGCUAUGUCGGCUCUUCAGAGACAGAACUGCGCUGGAGUUUCGUAAAACUUUGAAGCUAUUGGAAAGUAUAGUGGAUGAUCUUGAGUCGUGUUCCCACAGGUCAGAGCACCCCACUCAGAGAACGAUCUGCUGCUUCCUUGCCAGAGUGAUGGACGGGGAAAACCUGGAAGUCCGUUAUGAUCAUGUUUCUCGAAUCACUCCCUUGAUGUCAGCGUUGCCGAUUUGGGAGUCGUUAAAGAAAGUAUCUGAUUCAGACUUGCAUGCUAAGAUCAAGACGCUACUGAUUGUUCAGUCUGUCGCUGUGUGUGUGAAGAAAGGACAUUCAAAGUUGGCAAAUGAAACCCUGCAGUGGCUGGAAAAAGAGACUGAGUUACCAGCGGUGCGUAUUUAUUUACCUGUUACAGUUUAA